UAGCUCUUCCUUCAGAAUGGUAAAGAAUCGCAAUGAUUGUUUACUUAAAUUAUGUCGGAUAAGGAAAGCAAGGGCAACGAAUUUUGUAAUAAAAUGGUUAUAAAUGAUGCCUGUUUUCUCUUCUAAUGACUAGUUUUAUGAAGCAGUGUUUCUUGGGCUACAGAAAUGAGAUUUCUGCUUAUUUGCAGUAUGAGUAUAUAAUAAUAUAGAAUUGAAUAGAUCUAGACUCUACAAGCAGUUACAGCAGUAGACUGAGUAAUCCAUCCAGAGUCGACUCAGAGGACUGACUUGGACACAAUGAAUGAUCAAGAAUUUUAAGAUUAUUCAAGAUUCAGUCUGAUUCAACGAUGUCUGUGUGUGAUGAGUGACACUUAUUGAUAUACAACGCUAGUGUUUUUCACGAGGUGGAAGCUGAAAAUCUUGAAAGAAUGGAGGAUGAUCAGAUGGCAUCAGGAUCCGGGGAUGUUGUGCCUAUGUCAUGGUUACCUUCUCCUAGUGUUGAUAUGACCACAAUAAAGCAGACUGACCAGAAUGCUGAUGCAAGCACUUUAGAUCUGGCAGCACCAGCUGUUGAAGCUGUGCCGAUGGCUGCUGUGUCCUGUGAGCCACCAGAUCCUGCCAGCAGCAUGAAUUUUAUUAUUGUGGCUGAAGCUGCUGCAGAAGAAGCUACUAGUGCAUUGUACCAAGACUUAGACUCAGUGCAGUCAGCCUGGGCCAACCCAGACCUAGCUCCCAGUGAAAUGGAAGCUGAAGACUCACACUCAGCUUCUGCAGAUCUUCUACCCAGUGUACACACCGAACCAACUAUUGACUGUGGCAUGCACACCAUUCUUAGCCACUUGUCUGACCUUUCCGAUGACACAGCUUCAUCUGUAACUGAAGAAUCCAGUCUUUGCCGUUCUUCUCUGCACCACCGUCGAUCAUCAGGCCCAUCUUCAGUGAUAUGUGCUUCACCCGGAAGUGGCAGCAGCCUUUUCCAAUGCUCUUCCUUCUCAGAAAGGAAUGACAGUGGGAGCUUGUCUGACUUCUUGACCAUAGACCAGUCACCCGGCUCAGACGAUGCCUGGGAUCCAUUGAAUCCCUAUGGACUAUUCAACCUACCUGAACCUCUGGGAUCAUCAGGCAGUUCUCGUUCUCGCCUUUGGGCAGAGCCAACAUUUUUAAGACGUGAGCGAGAUGGUUACAACAUAUUUAACUUGAACAAUGAGGACAGUAAUGAGGAAGGGAGGGAAGAGUUGUCUCCUCCCUCCUCUCCCAUAAAUCCAGUAAAUCUGUUUUCUCCUGCGUCUGCUAGAUCACAGGCAUGUUCUAAUGGAAGAAGUGCCAGUAAUUCAGACUUAGAAUCAUGGGACUUUAUGGAUUGUAACAGACACCAUUCCUUUAAUAAAAAUGAAAGCCCAGCAGUUCAAGAUCAUGGGGGCAAUGCAGGUGACAGAAGUGAAGCAAACUCUAGCAGUAAUCAGCAUGAAGGUCAGAAUUCUGAUAUGCCAGCUAUCCACAAUUAUUCUGGCAGUUUGGCAGAGAUGAUGACAACCAGUGACUCCAACAUGCCAUUUCAUCGCCGUUCCCACCGGGACCUGACAGAAGAAAUGGUGGAGAUGGUGUUUGUCCAGGAAGGCAUGGCAUUCAGUCUGCCUGUGCCUAAAGGAGGCAAGAAAUCUGGUGAUGUGCCAGGUGGAAGCAAGACUACUAAAGAACGUGGCAGGCAGGCCUGGGAUCUUUCUUCUAAAAGAGUUUCCAAUGGAGCUGGGCCAUCUACUUCAUACAGUCUUGAAAACCGGGAAUCUUUUUUGGACAUUAACCCUAGCACCACUUGUUCAUCCAUAGCCAGCUCAAGCAGCAGCAUCCUAUCAGAGGCUGCUUCUGGCUCCCGCAGUGAGCAGAGAAACACCCAAGCCAGCGAUGAGUGUGCAUUUUUGUCCAGUCUGGUGGAAGGCAUAGGCUCUAGAAAUGUAUCGGGUAGCCCCUCUUCCACAGCCAAUAACAUUGGGAGUGAUGAUGGGGACAGCACCGAUGGUAGGCAGCAGCUGCUGUCAUUUUUAGAGCCAUACCCUCAUGCCCGUUCGCCAACGGGUCCAUCUGAAGAAUUCGAGAGUGGAACAGACACAAAGUACAUCUUCCAUCGCCACUCUUCCCCUCCCAACAUUCUGGAUACACUUCUGACUAGAACAUCUCCAGUGACAUCAGCUAGCUGCUCAAACUCUUUUAGCAGAAGUGAUGCCAGUAUCAUAGAUUCUCUUCUGUCCAUGCCCCGCCCACCGUCCAUUAGUGAUGACAGUGAUGUUGAAGUGGUCAUGGUUGAGCCUAGGAACAAUCAAGCCACUGUUGUUGUAGAUUUAACAACAGAAUCAGAUGAAGGUGUAGAUAUUAUCGAGGCUGAUGAAGAUCAUAACACACAUCUGCCAAGUGUCUCGCAGUCUGAGCAGGCGACCACAACAACAUCCUCAGUGGUACAGAGCCAACAUGCUACACAGGAAGUGAAUGGUGAUUCAGGGGAAAGAACCAUGUCUCCUCCUCAGUUAUUUAGGCCUACAUCUUUUGCGCAGAAUCGGGGACCACGAAUACCUGUGGGACCUUGGAGAAUGGAUGAGAAUGUCCUUACUGGGCCUAUUGUGAGGCGGCUGCAGCCUACACAUCACUCAAGUAGUGGGCGCCUGGCCUCAUUUCCCAGCUUUAACAGCCAUGAGGGCCACCCAGAACCGUCAGGGAGUAGUUCCAACUCUGGAGAUCCAAGCUCUGGUGACUCUAGGAGCCAUUCUACUGUGUGUUGUCAGUGCCAGUGUCAGAGGUGUCUACAGAAAACUCCAUUAAAUCUUAUGCCAAGAGCAAUGAUGAAUCCUUGGCAGGUACAUCAAGUGUGGGAGAAUGAGACUAGACCUGAGAAUCCCUUGCGUGCCAGAGGCCACAAACAUCACAUGUGUGAAGGGUGUGCCCACGCCUCUCCAUGCCCCCAUCUUACUAAUUCGUCCAAUCAGUCUGCUAGGAUAAGUAACCCAGCCCUGCCACCAGCCCCGAGCAACCCAGUCCCACCUCCUGCUCCACCAAAGCCCUCUCCAAGAAAUGGCAACCCAUCUUUGCCCCCACCUCCAACUUCCAACCCUAUGCCCCCGUCUACCUGUCAGUCUGCCACUUCCAGCUCCGCACCCAUCAACCCUUUCUCUUCUGCUGCCAGCUCUUUGCCCUCCCCUCUCUCUUUGCCGCCCCAGCUUCAUCAGCUGCAUCAUCAUCACCACCAUCACCAUCAUGUGACCCGGCCUUUUCAACCAUUAGCCCACCGCCCUGAUCCGCUUGGAGCACAUUCCUCUUCUCGCCAGAACUACUUCAGAACUGGCGGACCUAUCAUUCACCACCAUUUGCCGCAACACAUAGGUAUUGCAGCCAACAGACAGCACCACCACCCGCCCCCUCAGGCCCACAUACACCAUCACCACUACCACCCUGCCACAGAGAUCCUUUUCCGCAGCAACAGCUCCCCCACAUCAUUGCUGCACUACCCCAGUGGGCCUGGCGCUCAGUCCAUACCCACGCCUGCCCCGUCUGUACAGCCCCCUCCUCCAUGCAUGCACGCUUCUCCCCUGUGUGUGUCUGCCUGCUCCCACUCUGGGUGCCUCCCCCCACCGCCCCCAUCAGUCAUCAACAGCCAGGUUAGUGGUGGCUCCAGAUCAAUGGCAAGAGGACAUAUCGGACCCAUGAGCUUGGACACAAUGCCCAUCCAGCCUGUCCAGCAAUCAGCAAUAAACCAGAUGCCUACUUUUAGUAUGACCAGGCUUAGGCCACCAGCAGCACACCAGCAGCUUCCCGCCGGACCGUCCAUCUCUUCCUCUCAGCAGCAGUCUCACCCGCAGAUGGGUCUUCCCUCUGGGGCCUCUGCCGCCUCCCUGCUCUCUCAGGCGGGGCCUGAAGCAGGCCAGCACCUCCACAGCCACCAGGGUGGCCCCUCAGGGGCUGCCCACAUGCACCAGCACUCAGGAAUGCUGUGCGAUCAUACUCACGGUCACCCGCAUCCCCACCAUGACACACGACGCAUGAUGGUGAGUCCGUCGGGUGAUGUCCCCGUUAUGUUAACCCGCUUGAUACGUAAUAACGAGUACCCAUGGGGUGACUUGAUGCCCUAUCCAAGUAUGCCAGUCCAUGUUCCAUAUCAUCAGUUUGUUGUAGACAGACAAAUGAUGGACCUUGUCAAUGAGUUUCAUCCCUACAGACAGACAUUAGGACCUCGGCAUAUGCCAAUGGACAGAAGACAUCCACACUUUGAUAUGAGCCAUUGCAAUGUCAUGGGCGCAACACAGGAGGUCAUCGAGAGGAACACUCUCCCUCACAAAUAUAAAAAGGUGGAAACUAGCAACAGUGGGGAUGCUGGUGCUGACAGCAACCACCAGGAGAAGUGUACCAUCUGCUUAAGUGAGUUUGAAACUGGAGAGGAUGUCAGGAGGCUUCCUUGCAUGCAUUUGUUUCACAGUGAAUGUGUUGACCAGUGGCUGGCCACUAACAAGAACUGCCCGAUCUGCCGUGUGGACAUUGAAGCUGGAGCCUUCAAAGGCAUCAUGUAUCUGGGAGGUGCCAGCAGCAGCCAGUGACACCUUAUCUUUUCACACACUCUUAAUUCUCUCAUCAGAGGAUGGUUUGGUGCUGACAACUGUAAGGAAAUCUUCAGUCAUCAGCCUGUGUUAGCCAUCAGCCAAAGCAAUACCUAGUGCUGUGCAUCAGUGGAUAAUCUUGUCUAGCAGUUGAGCAAUAUUUAUUCAUCACAGUCAAGAAAUCCUCAUCCUGACAUUUCACCAGAGUUGGAUUUCCUUUUACUCACCAGCAGAAAUGGAUUUAUCUAAAUCUCACAGCUUGUUUUCAUGCAUUGAUUGUAAUCACAGAAAUUUUGUUUUUAAAUGAUGGAUGGGGGAGAAGAGGAUGGGUGUGAGGGUUAUUAUGUCUCAAUAUUUAUUUUCCUCUCAUUGUUGGCUUGUCUAUAAGAUAACUUUUUCAUUGGCCCUGGAACCGCUUGUUUCCAUGCAGACAGACAUAGCUGUGUUGGUCUGCUUUUAUUUGCUGGAGUGAUCCCAAACUUGAUGCUUCCUUAUAUGAUCCAGUAAGCUGAGACUUUGUGCAGUCUACAAUGAAGUAUGGGCUGGUAUUAACGUUUCCCUAUCAUAUUGAUUUCAUUGAUUGAUUGUACCUUUAUUUCUGCACAUUAACUAUUGCAGUAGCCUGCCCCUAAUCACAAAGAUUUCAUGUGUCAUUUGUGCCAUUCUCUGUUUCAAUAUUUUUUUGUUGAUGUGAAACUAAUUGUCUAACAGUUGUUUUUUUUUUUAAAAGACCCUUAACAGUUUUCAAUUUGUAAAAGUUGUAAAUGUACAUUUAAGCUAGCCCCCCCCCCCCCCCUUUCCUUUCCACUUGGACAAAGACACAGAAGAGUCUAACUAUGUAAAUGUACAUUAAGCUAGCUGCCCUAGGACUGAAAAAAACAGAAGAGUCUAUGUAAAUGUAUAUGAUAUGUUUUUAGACCAUACUCUUCAGCAGAAAAUAAAAAUACUGUACUAUGUUUAUGUUCUGAUAUUUUGAUUUCAUUGUUUCCCAAAAGAAAAGCCACAUGGGUAUUCUAUGUUUUUUGUAAAUUUGUAUCAUUUCAAGUUUGUGUUGACUAAAAAGAAAACUUUUUAUCUAGCUCUCACUUGGAAUCACACUUCAUUUGAUUAAACUGAAUCACUUGGAAGCACAUUUGAUGACCAUACUUGCUGGGCUGUGUACCACCAGUUUCUGAAUCAUGUCAUUGUAAAAGCAUUAAUUCAUGUGUUUUUAUAUUUAUUUCGUAAAAAUAACACAAAUAAAAUUUGCAAUAUAAUUAUAUAUAUAUAUAUAUAUAUAAAUGUGUGUAUAAAAGAAAUCUCUACUAACAAAAACAAAAUAUGUGACUUAAAGUAACAGGUUUGCUGUUCAUGUAAUGACAAUAUAUUUAGCUUAUUUUUAACAUCUUUGUUGUUCUUAUUUACCGGAGUGAAUGGACUAGCCUAUUGGUUGGGAUUUAGAUUCCUAGGGAAGACUGCUAGACUUAGUGCUUUCUUGUACUGUAAAACUGGGUGUAACUAGAGAAAAAUGCCUAGGAGACCAUAACGUCUGUUUUAAAAAUAUAUGAUGGAUUGAAACAACUAUUCUACCAAUCAAAUGUUGGUUACUGAUGGAAACUGGCUGAAAUGAAAGACAUUAAAAUCCUGAGUUAAAAAUAAAAUCAUAAGUAUUCAAACCUGAGGCUCUGUUUGGCAACUAAUUACUUUACCAUUAGGCCCCCAACCACAUCUAUAUAUCAUUGUCUGUAUCCAGGGUAAGUUGUAUUAUGUUUUAUCUUUUCCACACUAUUUAGAGGCUGAAUGGGACAUUUCUUGGCUACAAAUCUAAUACUCUGACUUGGUUUUGUGGUCUGGUGGUUUCAAUUUAAAAUAGAUUGUGUUGUAGUUAUGCUUGUAUCAUUAAUAUUUAAAAACUAUGUGAUUAGUCAUUGGAUCAAAUUCUCUUAACAACUUUUCCACAAUACCAUUUCUCAUUACAACCUUUUUUUCCCCAUUAGUUAGAUACCCCCCCCCCUCCUUUUGCCAAUUAUUAUGCUAGGUAUAUAACCCCUAUGCCUAUCACUUUGCUAGGUAGAGGACCCCAUGUAGAUAGCCCUCCAUUACUUAUUAGGUAUACAACCUGACCCCCCCCCCCCCCCCCCAGUUAUGCUACUUAGCCAUUCACAUACUUGGUAGACAUUCAAUGACAUAGUAGAUGCUGAACAGAAUGAUGACUGGAUAGCAGUUGUGGUGAUGGAGUGGUUUAGUGUCAAACAUCCAAACCAUGGGUCUUAGGUUCGAAUCUUAGUGAAGGCGGCAGAUUUUUAUUUGUAAUUUAGACACUUUUUGCAGUUGCUUUAUUCCAUCUUUCUUUAAUUAGGCAAGCUUAGAUGAUUUGAUUGGAAGAGGAAAUAAAACUUAUAGUUGCCUCCCCUCCCCUUUCCAAAAAAAAAAAAAGAGAAACUUAUAUUAUUUACCUCAUAGGCUUCUAGUUCUAAAAAACCCCCAAAAACUUAGCACUUUUUAUGGAAAUGCUGCAUGCAGGGAAUAAUGUCCCCAUCCUUGUAGUGCAUGAAUAACUUGUGCUACAAAAACGUUAGUGUAAGGCUUGGGACAUCCUUUGUCCAUUAAUGGUGUCAGCAUUAGCAAGAAAUAAAAGUUGGUGGGUAAACUUGGACUUCUUCCCUCUCACAGGCUGGUUCACUUUGUAACAAAGAAUAUCAGCAGAUGGUGUUUGGAUGUAACCAAAAACUGGAGCUUGUAUAACAAUGUUUGCAUUUGUAACCCCCAAUAAUUAUAUUUUAAAAAAGAAUAACAGGAUUCAAUUAUUCAGGAUGUGGAUUUAUAGAACAAAAAAGAAUUAGGGUUGGUGAAAAUCUUUUGGUUCAUUUUCAGUGUUUCAAUUUCAUUAGUAUUGUAGUAGAGACUUAACUCUUUCUCUCCUAACUGACAAUACAAACAUUGAUUCUAUCAGAAUGUGGUAAAUAAUUACGGAGAGAAAGAGUUGAAUAGAACAUAAAAAUCCAAAACAAAAUCUAUUCAUCCUAUGAACUCACAAUGUGCUCCAUCAAGCUCAGGCUGUCAUUCUAUGUUUAUUUGUUAACCCCUUACCAACAGUUAUUUCCUACUUUAUAUUUAUUGACUUAUACACUUUAAAAAAAAAUAGGUUUUACUUGUUCCUAGCAGUCCACUGUGUUAAUCUUUUAUAUAACAGUCACUAAUAGUGUAGUCAGCAGUAGGGCCAACUGUUUCCAAGUGUAAAUCCACAAUCACAACCUGCUACAUGUCAUGCACUUUAGCAUUGUUUUAAUGAAAAUUCCUAUUCAUAGCCUGCUUCAUUUCAAUUUUGUAGCUGGUAUGGCCUUAGAUAAGAUAAAAAUUGUACCAUGUUUCUUUAAGAAGAUUUUAGAAUACUCCAAUCUAAUAAUUUUUUAGUUAAAACAAAAAAUCAACUGUGGAUGGUUUGAAACAGUAACAUAUCAUUUCUGUCUGCUUUAUACAUUUCAGACCUAUUAUAAUGAUUGUCAUUGUUAUUACUACCUUAUUGUUGGUCUGAGUUUCCUAAAGGUAUUUAACUUGUUUUGUAAAGUAUAUUUUUUUUAAGAGUUACCUUUUUGGCUCUGAAAUGUAUUCACCCAUUACUAAUGCUAAAAAAUAGCCUAUUCAUGCCUGUUGCAUAAUGAGCACUUGCAGAAGCUGAUCUUUUUUUUUUUUUUUUUUUUUUAAAUAUUUGAUAUUUGACCUACAAAUCUUGUUAGCCUUAUAUGUACGAAGUAUGUGGAAAUAGAGAUUAAAGGACCUUUAAGUAAGCUAGUGUGAUAGUAGUCCAGUGACUUGUGUAAGCAACUAUGACACUGAUUACUGCUAUAGUAACCACCAAUUCAUAUCAUGCAAGACAAAAGGGAGUAUUUAGUAACAUAGUGCUAUUUCUGUUUUAUUUUCACAUUGGUUUCUAAUCAAAAUAAAAUCUGUCAGUAUCAUAUCUUCUUUAUAAUCCUAAGAAUUUUAACUCUAGCAUGAUGGGCAUAGGUAGGGAUGUAAAAAGAUAGGGUCCUUUAUCUAACAGUCAUCAGCAGUCAUGCAGAAAUAUUUGUAUCCAUUUUUGUAUCCAUUGUCAAUAAAUUUUUUUUUUAGUAUUAAAUUUUGAAUUGGUGAAAUAUUAUCUCUAUUUUGUAUUAACAAAUUAAAGGGUAUAUGCACAACAUACUUUUUAUGUCACAAACAGUAUGAGUCAUGUAUACAUUCUAAAGUUAGUGAUAUAAAGUUUUGUUAUUGAGCUAUUUAAUCAUAAUUUUUUAUUAAAAAGCAACACAUUUUUGGCAUACCUGGCAGUCCCAAAAUUAAAAUUGUGUAUCCUAAAGAAAACAAACUUAUCAGAAAGGCUUAUAAUUAGUCAAAUUUCAUAAUUUAAACUAACUUUAAAUUUCAAUAGUCAGUCUUAACUUUAGCAAAUGAAUACUUAGAAAAUAUCUAAAUUAUUUGAAUCAUUCAUCAUUUUGUAUGUAUUGUUUCUGUAGUAAAUACAAAAAUAAAUUUGGAUUUGUAAUUUGACAAGAUUUUAUUUCUGAUUGUCACUCACUAUUGUCCAAAAUAUGUGUAACCUUUUUGUUGAAAAGAAUACACAUUUGUUUUAAAAAAUUAUUAUGUACAGUUAGGUUUUAUUAAAUAGAGAUUUAUGAAUUAUUGUAAUGAGGUCACUAUAUACAGAUUUCAUUAUAAACAUACAUAAUUCAAUAGAUAAAAUUAUUUACCUUGUUUGAUAUGAGUACUUUCCAAAUAUUACCAUAUCAAAUGUUGAUCUAGUGAAGAGUAAACAGCAAAGGUUUAUAAGUAAUACUGGUCAAUGUUUUUUGGUCCACUAAGGCUAUCUGCUGACUUGAGUCUCAAAGCUUGUAGGUUGGGCUAGGGUACAACAUUUGAUACAUAUGCCAGUGAUGAUGUUGCUGAGCAACUGCUUGUGUUAUAUAUUUUUGAUGUGUUGAUGGAAGGAGUCACUGAGAGUGACCCACCUUGCCAGUUAUCCACUUCCCCCUGAAUUCAUUGCUCACUCUUCUCAGGUGAAGUUAACAUUUAGUUUUUGGUUUAUGUUUUCUUCCAGCAUUUACAAAAGUGUCUUUUUUUUUUUUAAGUUCAUAAUGAUCAAAAGCUAGUUACAAUUAAAAAACAAAGUUUACUAACAAAGAUUUUAAUGAACAGAAUUAGGUUAACAUUUUUAGAACAAUAUUUAACUAAUGUUUUCAAACCAAUUUUAAUGCUUUCAUGGAAUAUACAUUAUGUGGAAUGAUACUGAAACAAGUUUUACCCAAAGUAAUUCAUGUUUCUGUUGCAGAUUACAAUCUGCCUUCUCUGCAAGAUAACAGGAAGAUUUAAAGCCAUGCCUUUUGAGACUUGGCAAACAUUGAUAGAAAAAAGAAAUUGUAAUCUUUAAUCAUAAAGCCAAUAUGAGAAACAUGCAAUUGUUAAAGGACUUUAAUGGCUGCAUAAAACCAGGGCUUCUUCUUCAUUGAUAUUCUGUGCUUUUCAAGCUUAGGUUCAAGAUUUUAUUAGUAAAACAGUGACAGGAUAACUUUGAUUUCUUUCUAGUAGCAAAUUUAUUCAUGGAAUUCCUUAGAAGUGGAUUUUGUAAAAUAGUUUAUUUUUAAUGUUGGUACCAGCACUUGUAUUUUUUUUUGUUUUUACAUCUAGAAGUAUUGUUACUGAUUUAAAGGGAUGUUUGUAUGUUAUACUAAAAAAAAAUGAUCUUAGGGUUAGUCUUAUUUUAUCAUAGCCUUUUUUUUUUGUUGUUUUGCUGUUGUUGUUUUUUCUAAAUAAUUUACACUACACUUUAGUUAAGUUCCUUGCCAUCCACUUCUAAAGAAUCCACUCCCCCCCCC